GAGUUGGCAUCCAUUUGCUUCAUGUGACUCGACUCCUGGCCUGCCAUGGCUGCAGAGCGGGAAGCUUUGGUGCAGGCACAUUUUGCGCCAUUGGCGGACAAAGGCGUUGAGUCGGAGGUGUUGGAAUACAUCACCGCGCUGGCAUCGGACCUCCUGCAGGAGGCGACCGACCGCAAAGAGGUGGAGGAGGAACUGGAAGGCGCCCUCGUGCCUCACUUGGAAGCUGCGGGGAUUGAUGAUAGCUUUGUGAAAACCCUGCUGGAUGGCAUUUUUCCCGAGAAGAAGGCCGUGGCCAAAAAGGCCGGGGCCAAGAAGGCCGGAGGCAACGGGGACACGGACAGCAAUCUGGUGUGCCUCAUCCCGAAUUUGAUCCUCAUGUAUGGCGGCAGUGUGAAGCCGCUUCUCAGCAACACGGGCUUCGAGCUGAGACGAGGGCGUCGUUAUGGAAUUGUCGGCCAGAACGGCGCGGGCAAAACCACGCUGAUGUCAAGGGUGGCAGUUGGCGACCUUCCUGGCAUGGAGAUGCUCAAGUGCUACCACUUGGAGCAUGAGGGCAUCCUGGAUAACAUUGACAAGAAGAUUAGUUGUAGCGAAUAUGUGCGGCUGAAGUGCAGCGGCAUUUCCAGCACCGCCACGGACAAGUCGCUGAGCGACGUGGGCUUCGAUAAGGUCAUGUUCAGCAAAGCCGUGGGUGAGCUGAGCGGAGGCUGGAAGAUGCGGCUGGCCUUGGCCUGCGCCGUGGCCCAGGGGGCGGAUGUCUUUCUCCUGGACGAGCCCACGAAUCACUUGGACUCCGUUGCAGUGAAAUGGCUGCAAAGCUAUUUGGUGGAUCAGGGCGAGCGCAUCACGGCGAUGAUCAUUUCUCAUGAUGCUGGAUUCCUGAACCACGCGUGUACGGACAUCGUCCACUUCACCAAGCACGGGAAGCUGGAAUACCACGAGGGCAACUUCGAUCAUUUCCGGGAGAAGACGAAGCUGGACGCCGAAGGAGCCAAAGAGGUGUUGAAAGUCAGAGGGCAUGAAGGCAAGAUGGAGGAGAAAGAGCACCACGAGAUAAAGCAACUGGGGACCACCCCGGAGCUUGCCGAUGAUGAGAUGCGCUUCCCAUUGCCUGGAAAGAUCGAGGGCCUGGGCACCGCCAGCAAGCCCGUGGCCACGGUGACGAACCUGAACUUUAAAUACUUCGAGGACGGCCCGUUGGUGCUGAAAGAGGUGACGGUGAGGCUUACCAUGGGCAGCCGGAUUGGGGUGGUCGGACGCAACGGCGCCGGCAAGUCAACGCUCCUGAACCUGCUCGCCGGAGAGUUGCUGCCUCCGGAGGACGAGACCGGCGAGGUCAGUGCUGUUUGGCGGCACAGGAACCUUAGACUGGCCUACAUCGCGCAGCAUCACUUCUUUCACCUCUCCGAGUUUCUGAAGAGCACCCCACUGCAUUAUUUUCAAACUCGCUUUAGGCAAGGCUACGAUGAGGAGACGCAGCGCCGGCUCACGCUUCCCCAGAACGAAGAAGAGGAAAAAUACCGCAAGGACAUGGCCGCGCAGCAUGGGAAGCGUGGCAAGGAGGUUGAGGCACUGCUAUCCCGACAGAAGAGAGGCAAGCAGAUCCUCUACGAGGUCAAGUGGAAAGGCUUGGAUGACGCCAAGCAGAACACCUACGAGCCCUUGACCAAGCUGCGGCUCCUGGGGGUGGAGAAGAUGUGCGCUGCGCUGGAUGACCGGAUCGCUUGCGCAGAGACCUCCAUGCGCCCGCUGAGCACCAGAGAGAUCGUGAAGCAUUUGGAGCCCUUCGGCAUCUCUGAGCAGAUGACCUGCCACCGGAUGAUUGAGGGCUUCUCUGCUGGCCAGAAGAGCAAGCUCAUGAUGGCUGCUGCCAUGUGGACGAAGCCCCACGUCAUCGCCUUUGAUGAGCCGACCAACUAUCUGGACUUCCAGACGGUGAACUCGCUGGCAAAGGCGAUCAGGUUCUUCAAGGGCGGCACGAUCGUGGUCACGCACAACGCAGACUUCUUGAAAGACACCUGUGACGAGAUCUGGCAUGUCGAAGAUGGCCGGGUGACCAUUGAAGGCAAGGAUGGAGCGCUGAAGAGCCUCGCGGCAAAGAAUGCAGCUGCAAAGGCGGAGAAGGCGAAGCAGAAGUUAGAGGCGGCCAAGAAGCAGGAGGAGAAGGCGCUGAGCGGGCCCUCGGAGGUGGAGAAGGCCUUGCAGGUGUACCUCCAGGCGAGGCAGAAGAUGGGGGCCCCGAGGGCAGACAUCAAGCUGCCCAGCAUCGACCUGCGGUCCCUGGAUGGCUCAGAGCUGCUCAUCGGCACGGACCUGACCUUGAACCAGGGCCGCCGCUAUGGUCUCAUCGGCCGCAACGGCGCGGGGAAAAGUACGCUCCUCCGCGAGAUCGCGUACUACAAGUUCGACAAGUUUCCCAAGAAUCUGAAGGUGCUGAUGGUCGAGCAGGAGGUGGUGGGAGACGACCGAAAGCCUGUGGAGUGGGUUCUGCACAGCGACGUUGAGCGUAGGAUGCUGUUGGAGGAGCAGGCGACGCUGCAGGCGAAAGACGCCAAGGACGAGAAGGAGUCCGAGCGCCUGAAGCAGGUCAUGGAGCGCCUGCAAGAGAUCGGCAGCGAUGACGCCGAGCCCAGGGCCACCAAGAUCUUGCGAGGCUUGCAGUUCUCGGAGGAGUUGCUGAACACUCCCACCUCCGCGCUGUCCGGUGGCUGGAGGAUGAGGGUGUCCCUGGCUUCUGCGCUCUUCGCACAGCCAGAGCUGCUGCUGCUGGACGAGCCCACGAACCACCUGGACUUCCCGGCCGUGAUCUACUUGCAGGACUACUUGCGGACGUUCAAGAAUAUUUGCCUCAUUGUCUCGCACGACCGGGGUUUUCUGAACAACGUGUGCACUGACGUUGUGCUGCUCAAUGGCAAGAAGCUGACAUACUACAAGGGGGACUACGAGACAUACGUGAACACAGUGAAAGAGACUCGUCUUGCGCAACAGCGUCAAUACGAUGCGCAGCAGAAGGAGAUUUCACACAUCUUGGAGUUCAUCAACAAGCACGACGAGCGGCCCAAGAUCGUGGCGCAAAAGGCGAGCAAGCAGAAGAUGCUCGACAAGAUGGAGAAGAUCGAGGAUCCAGCCAUCACCUUCAAUGACUCCGCCUCCCUGUCGAUCCACUUCCCAGAUCCUGGGCCGCUUCCCAAGAGCGAGCUGAUCCAGUUUGAUGGUCUGGCUUUUGCCUAUCCUGGCAAGGCGCCACUCUUUCAGAACGCCACGGCCAACUUGGACAUCAAAGGCCGCAUCGGCAUCCUGGGAGCCAAUGGGGCUGGGAAGAGCACGCUGCUGAAAGUCAUGCAGAAGAGCUUGAUUCCGACAGCUGGCCAGAUUGACAUCAACCGGAAUGCACGAGUAGGUACCUUCGCGCAGCACCAUGUGGAUUCCCUGGACCUCGAGGCCACCUGCGUGGACUGUGUGCAGGCCACCUUUCCCGGCCUCACCGACCAGGAGGCGCGGAGCGUCCUCGGCCGCUUUGGCGUGAGCGGAGACAUGGCCCUGAGAAAGAUCAAGACGCUCUCGGGUGGACAGAAAAGCCGUGUCGCUUUGGCCAUUGUCACCUACAAACAACCGCAUUUGAUCUACCUCGACGAGCCAACCAAUCACCUGGACAUGGAAACGAUCGACGCCCUGAUCGAUGCCAUUAAGGACUUCAAGGGAGCGGUGGUAAUGGUCAGCCAUGACCAGUACUUCCUCUCUCAGGUCGCUACGGAGUUUUGGUCAGUAGCAGAGGGGAAACUGUCUGUCUAUCGUGACUUGGCGGACGCGAAAGCCGCCACAUAUGGAUGACCCGGGAGCAUGUCAAGCGCCGUGAUGCCGUUAGUUCACUCCCUUGCCCCCUCCGAGUCCAAGCCACCGGAUUUGCCUUCGCCUUAAGCCGGCCCCCUGAAAACGGGGGACGCAGCAGGCUCAGAGUGCCAGAGAUGUCGGGGAUCUCGGGGGCCUCUUUAGGGGCCAGCUCCUUGUACAGGCAUCAGCUCAG